AUGGCUUCCGAGAAAUUUGCCAACCCGCCUCAGCGGCCCCCCGUCUUCAAUUACACCCCCGAAGAGUUGAGCGCCGGGAUUGACAAGAUCAUUGAGACGAAAAGAGGUGUCGCUGACAAUGUGAUCGCCUCGACCACCCCCGAGACGGCCACUUUUCAAAAUACCGUGCAGCCCCUACUCAGAACUGACGACGAGACUGUUGGUGAAAAUUUCAGAAUCUGCUUUCUGCAGAAUGUUCACCCCGACGCCGCUGUCCGUGAGGCUUCCCUCAAAGCGGACGGCAAGAUGAGAGAGCUAGGCAUUGAGCUGCGAAUGCGCGACGACAUAUUCCAGCGCGUCCAAGCCAUUUACGACAACAAGGCAUCGGCCAAUCUCGACACUGAGUCUGCUACUAUCUUGGACAAGGAGUACACCCAGUAUGUUCUUAGCGGUCUUCGUCUUCCACAUGGUCCCGAGCGCGACCAUUUCAAGAAGCAGCAGCUCGAGCUCAGCCGUCUGUGCUUAGAGGCACAGAACAAUCUCAAUAAUGAGACAGGUGGUGUUUGGUUCACUCCAGAACAGCUCGAGGGGAUCCCUAAAACGGACAUUGACGUGGGCGACCUCGAAAAGGGUACUGGAGACAACGAGGGCAAGGUCAAGGCCGACUUUAAGUACACGACGUCAACUCCUCUCCUCAAAUAUGCGAAGAACGAGACUACGCGUCGCGAUUAUUAUAUCGCCGAAACUAACAAGGUCAACCAAAAUGCUCCCAUCUUCCAGACCAUUAUCGAGCUGCGAGAUGAAACAGCUAGACAAGCCGGCUUCAAAGACCAUGCUGAUCUUACCAUCUCUGCCAAAAUGGCCAAGGAUUCAGAGAAAGUGAAAUCUUUUCUGGCCGAUAUCAGAACUCGCGUAGGUGACGGCGGAAAGAAGGAAAUCGCGGUUCUUCGCGAGUUGAAGAAGCAAGACUACGCUGAACGUGGUCUUGAUUUUGAUGGGGAAAUCUACGCCUGGGAUGUUGGCUAUUACUCACGAAUUCUCAAGGCAAAGGAAUACAGCCUCGACGAGAACGAAGUGGCUGAGUAUUUUCCCAUGUGGAAGACGUUUACCGGCAUGCUUGGAAUAUUCGAAAAGUUACUUGGCCUUCAUUUUGUUGAGCUGGAUGAGGCUGCCAAGGCUCGACUUAGCCCUACCGGCAACGCUAAAGACAUUGUCUGGCACGAUGAAGUGGUGGUCAUGAGCGUUUGGAAUGAUGAAGCCUCUGGUGGUGAAUUUGUCGGCUACUUGUUUCUUGAUCUCCACCCGCGAGCCAACAAGUACGGUCAUAAUGCUAAUUUCAGUAUUGGCCCAGGAUAUGUCAAGGCGGAUGGCACUAGAAACUAUCCUUCUACUGCUCUCGUUUGUAACUUUAGCCGGCCGUCGCAAGGUCGUCCAGCUCUGCUAAAGCACAACGAGGCCGUCACCCUUUUCCACGAGCUGGGUCACGGUAUUCAUGACCUCGUCGCCAAGACUCAAUCUUCCUACUGCCACGGCACAGCUGUGAUGUGGGACUUUGUUGAGGCGCCUUCUCAAAUGCUGGAAAACUGGUGCUGGACACCUGACGUUUUGCGGGGGCUCUCAUCCCACUGGAAGUCGGGAGAAAAGAUCUCAACAGAUCUCAUUGACAAAUUAAUGAAGACAAAACACCUCAAUGAAGCCAUGGGAACUUUGGGACAAAUCGCCAUCGGAACAUUUGACUUGACCGUUCACAGCCCUGACUCACACGAAGCGGUGAAGAAGCUCAAUUGCGGCCGCUUGUGGAACCAGCUGCGCGGCGAGAUCACCGGCGUGAAGGGACCGGAAGCCGUAGGCUACGGAAUGGAGUGGGGCCAGAAGCAUGCCACCAUCGGGCACUUUGUUGGAGGGUAUGAUGCAGGAUACUAUGGCUACAUGUACUCCAAGGUCUUUUCAACCGACAUGUUCUAUACUGCAUUCAAGGAGAACCCGAUGGAUGGCGAAGCCGGUCGCCGAUAUCGCAAGCUGGUGCUUGAGCGUGGCGGUAGCAUGGAUGAGAACGUGAUGCUGUACGAGUUUCUUGGCAGGGAGCCCAACCCGGAAAACUUUUACAAAGAUCUUGGUUUGGCGUGA